AGUACGAGGUGGGAGGGAGAAUAAUUAAACCCCAAAUAAAUAGUCUAGGGUAUCCUCGGAGAAAACCUACUAGAUAAAUCAAAGAGUGAGUUCAAUCGCCAUUCGCCCGUUGGCACAAAGAGAGAGACAUCUAUGGGACGGCCACGGCAGCACAGUACAAUUCUCCUUCAUUUCUCUAUACAUUGGAAGAAACAAGAGGGACGCAACUUGCAAUGGCAGAGUUGGAAUUAUGGCAAUGACCAAUAGUUUGAAAUCAGAGAAUAGCCUCAUGAAACCGGAAAGUGAAAUCAGAGAAUAGAUUAAUGAAACAGAGAAGGUUCAAAUCAGAGAAUAGCAUAAUGACACGAAGAAGGCGAAAUCAGAGCGUGUGGGACCAAAACAAAGAAGAUAUUAUAUUUUAGGUCACGCAUUGCUUUGACUCUCAAAGCACAACGGGAAAGAGCACGGCGCACGGGCACGGGCACCGGGAUUGCAGUUGAGCAUUUGAUUUGAGCUGCCGCCUUGCACAACAUGGAGAGAAAGAAACCUCUUCCCACUGGGCACAGAUGUCAAUUCAAUGUCUAUUCCAAGUUGGUUCAAAGUCAUUUCAUUGCGUGGUAACAACGUUGAUUCAACCAGUGUGUGCUCAGUGUUCGUACUUCGUCCACAAAAUACUUUCCAGGGCGAUUUUUCUUCUUCUUGAAGUGGAAGAUGAUGAAGUGACUACCUGGGGGUAAAUAAUAAACAAUACUCGGCGGCCAGGUCCCUUCCCCGAGCGCAGGUGGAUCCAGCUAAGCGGUGGAACAGGGUUUUUGGACGAGGACAGUAGCAACAACGCACCACAAUAACCUCUGAACUACCAGUCUGCUACACCGUCAAAAGAAUAGGCCUAGCCAUUCAUUCCUAGAUCUGCUUCUUGGUGUCCAUAUGAUGCUAAAUCGCUUCACAAGCUGGAUGUGUAUCAGAACUUCAGUAUGGUGAAAAUUGAAUAAUCCAAGUGAUGUGGCCACUGUAGAACGGACAUUGAAUGGGCGCGCAACGCACAAGUCAAUUUGCACUAUAGGAGUGUAACCCUAAUCAAAUGAUUAUUUUGUUGGCUUUCCAAGCUUGCUUUUGUUGGAAUAAUACCUAGUCUUCUCAUUUGGGCUAUAAUAGGCUGUAAGGAUGUCUGAAGCACUCGCCCCAGCCCAGGCGCUCUACAUCGGCAUGGAGGUGGUGAUUGCCGUUUUCUCCGUCCUGGGUAAUGUGAUGGUGGUCUGGGCGGUGAAAAUUAACAAGUCGUUGAGAGACACAACAUUCUGCUUCAUUGUUUCUCUGGCCCUGGCGGAUAUCGCAGUGGGAGCCCUCGUCAUCCCCUUGGCGAUAACUAUCAGCAUCGGACUCCAAACUCACUUCUACAGCUGCCUAAUGGUCGCGUGCACGGUGCUGGUACUGACGCAAAGUUCCAUCCUGGCCCUCCUGGCCAUUGCGAUUGACCGCUAUCUCAGGGUCAAGAUUCCAACCAGCUAUAAACGUGUGGUGACAAAGCAGCGAGCGGCCGUGGCGGUGGUGGUGUGUUGGACUGUGGCCUUCAUCGUGGGCUUGACCCCCAUGCUGGGCUGGAACAACCUCUGGAGGCUGCAGCAGAACGGUUCCCUGAACGAGGAUCUCAUUAUCACUUGUCAAUUUGAGAACGUAAUCAGCAUGGACUAUAUGGUCUACUUCAACUUCUUCGGCUGGGUGCUGCCUCCUUUACUCCUCAUGCUGGUCAUUUACACAGAGAUCUUCUACAUGAUCCACAAGCAACUCAACAAGAAGGCUUGCACCACCAACCACACCGAUCCCAACAAGUACUACAACAAGGAACUCAAACUGGCCAAGUCCCUGGCCCUGGUCCUCUUCCUGUUCGCCAUCAGCUGGCUUCCCCUCCACAUCAUCAACUGCAUCACGUUGUUCUGUCCGACCUGCGACAAACCCCUGUUCCUGAUCUACAUCGCCAUAUUGCUCACGCAUGGCAACUCAGCCGUCAACCCCAUCGUCUACGCCUUCCGCAUCAAGAAGUUCCGCGACGCUUUCCUGAAGAUCUGGAAGCAGUACCUCUGUUGUAAGGACGUACCCGCCAUCUUGAACCAGCCUAGUGAGAAGGAUAGGAAAGAGAACCAGAAUGGCAACGGAAACGGGAACGGGGAUCCUAAUCCGAACAGAGACUCACGGCCAGCUCUAUCGCCACCACGAGAAGGGCAGCAGCCUUCACUAGAGCAGAUGCAGGAGGUCAAGCCCCAACGGCCACAGUCUCACAAUGAUGACCCAACCAAGUAGAAGCCCCCAAUGGAGCUCAACGAUAUCUAACUAACCCCGGAAACAGAAGGGAGUUUCUACAUUAAUGUGUCAGAAACCUUAUGAGUUUCUAUGUCUUGGGAGAUGAGUAGAGGUUGUUUAACAGGAGUCAGAGGCAUCCUCAUAGUCAUUCUGAAUGUAUAGCUAGCUACCAAUGGAGGAGUAUGACAUGGUGAAAGAAAAGUUUAACCCGUUUACUUUUUGUACCUUGCACCUGAAAGUCAUUGGAUGUGUUGUGUGUACACCUUUUGUGAAUGGGGGUGUGGCAUGUUACCUACUGAAUGGAAGGAUUUAGGAGCAGAGUUUGGCGGCUUGCAGGACUUGUAAAGAUAUCUUACAGACUGUGAAAUCACAUUUUAACAGGCGGAGGUGUAUUCGAGUUUGAGGCAGAGGAAAAAACAUUGAAAUGGAGUAUCAGGGUUUAUACUGUAAAAACAUUGAAACUGAGUAUUAGGGUUUAUACGGUAAAAACAUUGAAACGGAGUAUUAGGGUUUAUAUGGUAAAAGCAUUGAAACGGAGUAUUUAGCCCCAUGGUGGAGGUGUCAUAAUACCCAUAAAAGCUCGAGGUCAAACAGGUAAAUGGUUCCAAUCAUUUUUCC